AUGCAAAGAGGAACAGUUGCAUCGAGAAGGGCCUCCCUCGAGCUACUAACCGCUGGAAGCUCAAGUUCAUCACCAAGUUACCUGAAAAACUAUCGUUCCGAUAGCUUUUCUUCCAAGUAUGGCCUCUCCAACAUUACAUCAACCAACUCGGUUAGGCUCACUAACAACGUUUACUCCCGUCGUUUACCUGAUGGACCAGGUCCCCUCGAUAGGAAGGGCAAACCCUUCUCUUCUGACUUUCGCUCCAGCCGCUUGUCCCGCUUUGGGGACAACACCCCGAGUAGUUUGUUGUCAUACACAAAACCAUUAAAAUCUACGGACUAUAAUCCAACCAACGGUUAUACAUCGAAUUAUUUGUGCAGCGGUUAUUCAUCUACGCUGUCUCGAUCGUAUCGAUCCCCUGUCACAUCUUCAUCUCUCUACAGUGGUGGCACGAUACGGUCUUCCCGAGCAUCUAGCGAACUGCCCAGCUCAGAUCGACGAUAUUCUGAUACUGAAAGUUAUGGUUCAUCUCAUUUGCGCGCUGCUAGCCAAUCUCGAUCUAUAGAUGUGGAACCAAAUUUGACCAGAGUUCGAACUCGAGCUCCCAGCGUAGAUGUGGCAUAUGAACGCCUGACCAACCGUACACCCAACAUCGAAGUAGGUUAUGAACCUUUAUCCAGCCGAGCACCCAGUGUAGAGAUAGAACAGCAAUCAUAUCGAAAAUCUAGCAUAGACCACACUUAUGAUAGAUCAUCUAGUCGAGCUCCAAGUAUAGAACAUCUGUCAAGUCGAGCGCCAAGCAUUGAACGCACUUCAACUUCAAGAGCUCCGAGUUUAGAACGCCAGUCAAGUCGGGGUGCACGCAAAGACAUCGAAACUGCCGCCGAAAAUUACAAUAGCAGCAGUAGUACCAGUUCCAGUAGCUUGGGUUGGAGAGCCCGUGUCUACAGAGACAGACAGAGUCCGGUAACACCGCUAACUGAUCAAACAAACCAUAUUAACAAUGCAGCAACAAGAAGGCCGGUUAUUAAAAUUGAUGACCAAAAUGGAAUGGUGGGACUUCAAAAUCUUGGAAAUACGUGUUUCAUGAAUAGUAUAGUGCAGUGCAUGAACAAAUCUCCACCACUGCUUGAUUACAUUCUUUCUGACAAAUAUAAGCUGGAUAUUGCCAAACCAGGAGCUGCCCGUUGUAAUGGAAGUCUACUGAGAGCAUUCUCAGAAAUCAUGAAGCAGCUCUGGACUUCACGUAUGGAGAUUACACCAACAGUAUUCCGUAACAGCAUUAAGAAAUUAAAUUCUAUGUAUCAAGGGUCUGGCCAGGAAGAUGCCCAUGAAUUUUUUAACCAUCUGAUAAAUGGCCUGCAUGAAGAACUUGAUACAACAAAGAAACGGGAACCUCUUGGUGUUGAUAUAACAUCCUGGUAUAACUUCUGCAAAGGAGAUACAAAGAUAACAGAUGUUUUUGCACUGCAGAUGAAACACAGUUAUACUUGUCUUACUUGCAACACUCACUUCAAAGAGUAUCACACAAGUUUUGAUCUUUCUAUGCCCAUGAAAAAGGCAAUCAGAGUUGUAGACAUGGAGGAGAUUAUUCGAGAUUUCAUGGAAUGCACUUCUAACAAUAUGUGCAAGAAGUGUGGAAAACUAAUGAUGCAUGAUUGCAACAAAAAAUUUGUGCAUUUGCCUGAAGUCCUUGUACUCUAUUUUCAACGAGCAGAAAAACUAGGAAAACUAAAGACAGAAAUGCGAUAUCCUGUGGAGUGCUUAGAUCUUACACCUUUUGUCAACAAAAGUCUAUCAGGAUCAACACAAUACAGGUUAUUUGCAGUUUGCUGUCAUGCUGGGGACUGUGCAACCAUGGGACACUACUGGGCUGAAUGCCGGCACAGUGAAACUGCAGAAUGGAACAAAUACAAUGACACAAGAGUCACCAGUAUAAGCAAAGGAAAUACAGCCACAGGCAGUCGAGAAUGUGUCUUCUUUUACCAACGCAAAUAA